AUAAAUAGUCCAAUAAACAAAUAAACACUGAAAAUAUUGAUAAAUAAAAAUCUUAUAUAAAAGGAAGAGAACUUAAUAAGUUGAAUUCAAUUCAACCAUCCCCAACCGGAGUAGGUUUAGGGAGUCGCAAAAUCGAUUUGCCUCUAUAAUAGGCAGAGAAGGACCAGAAUUGAAGCCCUAGUUUUCCAAUAGCAACGUUCAAGCGAUAAUGGGAGGAAGUAACGAAAGGAGCAAGAGAGAAAAAUCAUCUUCUUCAAAACGUAGAAGCCGAAGUCAAAGAAGGAGAUCUGACGACUCUGCAGCGGAGUCGGAAGCUGAGUCUGAAUCGUACACCGACUCGGACGAGGCACCAUCGAGGAGCUCGCGGAAGCACAAAGAUCGAAGCGGAAGCAAGAGAAAAAGCAGAAUUAGUAGACGUGAUAGCUACUCGGAUGAUUAUAGUGACGAUAGCGACGAGAGCGAUCGUGGCCGCAAUAAGCGAAGGUCUUCGAGGAAGAUUACUGAGGAACAAAUUACUGAGUAUUUGGCUAAAAAAGCUCAGAGAAAGGCGGCUAGCGUUUCGAAGAAGUUGAAGGCGCAGAACGUGUCUGGUUAUUCAAACGAUUCGAAUCCAUUCGGUGAUUCAAAUCUAAAUGAGAAAUUUGUGUGGCGUAAGAAGAUCGAGCGAGAUGUUUCCCAAGGUGUACCUCUUGAUGAGUUCUCGAUUAAAGCAGAGAGAAAGAGACAGAGAGAAAGGCUGGCAGAGAUUGAAAAGGUUAAAAAGAGAAGAGAGGAAAGAGCUGUUGAAAAAGCACGGCAUGAAGAAGAAAUGGCAUUGUUAGCAAGGGAACGUGCUCGUGCUGAAUUUCAGGACUGGGAGAAGAAAGAGGAAGAGUUUCAUUUUGAUCAAAGCAAAGUCAGAUCUGAGAUUAGAUUGCGUGAAGGUCGUGUAAAGGCUAUUGAUAUUCUCUGCAACCAUCUUAGUGGCUCAGAUGACUUGGACAUAGAAAUAAAUGAACCUUACAUGGUUUUCAAGGGCUUGACAGUUAAGGAGAUGGAAGAGCUUCGUGAGGACAUCAAGAUGUAUCUGGAUUUGGACAGGGCAACACCAAUGCAUAUAGAAUAUUGGGAGGCACUUAUGGUGGUUUGUGAUUGGGAACUAGCUGAAGCACGGAAGAAGGAUGCUCUGGAUCGAGCUAGAGUGCGUGGGGAGGAACCUCCUGCUGAGUUGCUUGCCGAAGAAAGGGGAUUGCAUUCUAGUAUUGAACCAGAUGUCAGGAACCUUUUGCAAGGGAAGACUCACAGUGAGCUUGAGGCAUUACAAAGUCAUAUUGAAUCACAAAUGCGUACUGGCACUGCAAAGGUGGUAGAGUAUUGGGAAGCCAUUCUUAAAAGACUCCACAUAUACAAAGCAAAGGCUUGUUUGAAAGAAAUACAUGCUAAAAUGCUGCGUAAGCAUCUGCAACGCCUUGAGCAACCUUUGGAGGGUGAAAAUAAAUUUGAAACUGAUCAUGAUUUGCAGUCUGAAGACGAGAACAUUCAGCUUGAGAAUGAUGAUAAUGAUGUGGGAAACUUCUCUCCAGAGCUUGUAUCAAGGGAAGAGACUCAAAAAGCAGAAGAGCCUGGAUCAUUCUCACCUGAACUAUUGCAUGGUGAUGACAAUGAAGAAGCUAUUGACCCUGAAGAGGACAGGGCUAUAUUGGAACGUAAACGUGUAGCUGUGUUGGAAGAGCAGCAAAGGCGGAUUCAAGAAGCUAUGGCAUCAAAACCACCUCCUUCAGAAGAUAACUUUGAGCUGAAAGCCAUGAAAGCUAUGGGAGCUAUGGAAGAAGGAGAUGCUGUAUUUGGCUCUGGUGCAGAAGUGAACCUGGACUCUCAGGUGUAUUGGUGGCAUGACAAGUACCGACCAAGAAAACCAAAAUAUUUCAACCGUGUUCACACUGGAUAUGAGUGGAACAAAUAUAACCAGACUCACUAUGACCAUGACAACCCCCCACCAAAGAUUGUGCAAGGAUAUAAAUUCAACAUCUUCUAUCCAGACCUUGUAGACAAGACAAAGGCUCCAACCUACACGAUUGAGAAGGAUGGAAGCAAUGGUGAAACAUGCAUCAUCAGGUUCCAUGCUGGGCCUCCCUAUGAGGACAUUGCAUUUAAAAUUGUAAACAAAGAAUGGGAGUAUUCUCAUAAGAAAGGAUUCAAGUGCACAUUUGAGCGUGGGAUAUUACAUGUAUAUUUCAACUUCAAACGCUAUCGCUACCGUAGGUGAUAUGUGGCUAAUUUUUCAACUUGUCCCUGAACCAAUGCCUCGGGGACUAUUACCAUAGUAGGAGGCCAUUGGCAGUGUAACACAGAUUUUGUUGUCAUAGAUAAUUUAUUACUAUGUGAAUAUUAUUCAAAUGAAAUGUUAUGACUUGUUUUAAGUCCA